AUGUUUCAGGCUGAUGAAUUAACAGAAGAGCAAAUAGCCGAAUUCAAGGAGGCAUUCAGUCUGUUUGACAAGGAUGGAGAUGGCAACAUCACAACCAAUGAGUUGAGAACAGUUAUGCGGUCAUUGGGUCAAAACCCUACAAAUGCAGAGUUACAGGACCUGAUUAACGAGGUAGAUGCUGAUGGAAAUGGAACAAUAGAUUUCCCGGAAUUCCUCACUAUGAUGUCACGUAAAAUGAAAAAUACAGACAGCGAAGAAGAAAUACGCGAGGCUUUCAGGGUUUUUGAUAAAGAUGGAAACGGUUUUAUUAGUUCUACUGAAAUUAGACGUGUUAUGACAAAUCUAGGGGAAAAACUUACAGAUGACGAAAUGGGUGAUAUGAUCAGAGAGGCUGAUAUGGAUGGUGAUGGUCAUGUCAAUUAUGAAGAAUUCGUGAUAAUGAUGACGACUCCGUAACCAGAGACUAAUGAAUAAUAGCUGUAAUAAGAAGAAAGUGAUUAGAGCUGUUCCGACAUAAAUAUCUUUCAAGAAUUAUACACAUAGCGCCUGGAUUUAUCGCAUGGCAUUGCAUUUUCAUCAUUCUUCCUUCCAGUGUUUAUACACAUGGCGCCAUGAUACGUGACAUGUCCUUGUAUGUAUGUAUUUUCCUUCAGGCGAUUAUACACAUCACACCUCGAUACAUAACAUGUCAUUGUAUUUUAAUCAUUCUUCCUUCCAGCGAUUAUACACAUGAGUCUCGAUCGAUACAUGACAUGUCAUUGUAUUUCAAUCAUUCUUCCUUUCAGCGAUUAUACACAUGGGUCUCGAUCGAUACAUGACAUGUCAUUGUAUUUCAAUCAUUCUUCCUUUCAGCGAUUAUACACAUGGGUCUCGAUCGAUACAUGACAUGUCGUUGUAUUUCAGUCAUUCUUAUUUCCAGCGAUUAUACGCUUGGCGCCUUAAUACAUGACAUGUCAUUGUAUUUUAAUCAUUAUUCCUUCAAGAGAUUAUACACAUGGUGCCACGAUACACGACAUGUCAAUGUACCUUAGCCAUUUAUUCAACAGAUAAUUCACAUGGCGGCUCGAUAGUGACAUGUGAUUGUAUUUGAAUCUUUGUUCUGUCAAGCGAUUAUGCUCAUGGUGCCUCAUUACAUGGCAUGCUAUUGUAUUUUGAUUAUUAUUUACUUAAGUGAUAAUACACAUAGCACCUACAUACGUGACAUGCUAUUGUAUUUUGAUCAUUUUUAAGUGAUUAUAUAGAUAGCGCCUCGAAUCAUGGCAUGACAUUGUAUUUUAAUCCUUAAUUCCUUCGAGCGAUUACUCACAUAGCGCAACAAUACAUGACAUUAUAAUUUAAACAUUAUUCCUUUCAGUGUGUAUACACAAUCAUGGCGCCUCAUUUCUUGACAUGUCAUUGUAUUUUGAUCAAUUUUUAUUCAAGAGAUUAUGGUGCCUCGAUACGUGACAUACUAUUGUAUUUUGAUCAUUAUUCAUUUAAGAGAUUAUACUCAUGCCGCUUCGAUACAUGACAUAUCACUGUAUCUUAAUUAUCGUUCCGUCUAGGUUUUAUACUCAUGACCUGUCAUUGUAUUUUAAUUGUUAGUCCCUCAAGAGAUUAUACAUAUGGUGCCAAGAUACAUGUCAUGGCAUUGUAUUUUCAUCAUUAUUCCUUUAAGAGAUUAUACACAUAGAGUCUCAAUACGGGACAUGCUAUUGUAUUUUGAUCACUCUUCCUUCAAGAGAUUAUACACAUGGUGCCUUAAUACGCGACUAGUUAUUGUAUCUUUAAUGUAAUUCAUUCAAGAGAUUAUACACAUGGCGUCUCGAUACGUGACAUGCUAUUUCAUUUUGAUCAUUAUCCCUUUAAGAGAUUAUACACAUAGCGCCUCAAUACGUGACAUGCUAGUUCAUUUUGAUCAUUAUUCUCUUAAGAGAUUAUAUACAUAGCGCCUCAAUACGUGAUAUGCUAUUUCAUUUUGAUCAUUAUCCCUGUAAG